AUGUGGCAGCUGCUGGUUCUUCUGCUGCCACUGGCUAAUACUGAAAGUGAGCUGAGCGGCAUAUUGGACACCAUAUAUGCGGAUCAGCCUUUUGAGACACUUCUGGUGCUACGACACAGCCAAAGCCAGGCAGACGAGCCGGAUGAGAGGUGGGCCCGGGCAUGGCCUGUCCUAAGCUUCGAUGAGCAAAUGGAUUGCUAUCUGAGUGGCAGCUACAACAACGAGAUGCUUGGCCUGGUUUGGCAAAGUGGCGGCAACAAUGAAAUGAACAUGGAGCUAUGGCAGGCAUUGGACAGGAAUCUCCAGAAUAUGAGGCAUGUCCGGCUGUUGGUGGUAAUGUCCACAGAGGAGGGACAGCAACUUCAACAGAUUGCGGACACAGCCGAGCCUUUGAGAUUUCUUCAAGUAGCUGUAUUGACAUCCCAAGGUACAGUCUAUCGCCUGCAGCCUUAUGCCCAACAGCAUUGGGUAGAGAUAGAUCCCAGAAGGGAACCUAUCUUCGCCAGCAUUCGGAACUAUCAGCGCAAGGCCAUAAUUACACUGCCUGAUCAAUUUGCCCCUCGUUCGCUGGUCUACGAAGAUACCCACACUCAGGAACGCGGAAUGACGGGCUAUGUGGCCAAACUAGUGAUGGAGUUCGCCCGCAUCUACAACCUGACCAUCCAGUGGGAGCGUCCCAUUGUACCCGGCGAGCACAUGUCGCUGAUACUUCUAAGGAAUCUGACACUAAACGGAACCAUUUCCCUGCCCAUCAGCCUGUGUGGCUAUGAGGUGCCCAGCAAAUCGGGCGUCUUCUCGGUACCCUACGAUCUCGAGAAGUGGUUCAUAAUGGUGCCAUGUGCGGAUGAGAUUUCCACGGCCGAAGUGUAUGGGUUCGUGUGUGGCAAGAAGUUCCUGGGCAUCGUAGCGGGUUUCUACUGCAUCUUUUCGUUGCUGGACACCUGCUUUGGGUAUCUUCUGCUGCAGCGAGGCAUCAACUGGUCGACGCUCGCCUUCAACGAACGCAUCAUAUCAGGGAUGAUUGGUCAGUCGUUUAAGAUGAGUGCCCACAAUACGAUCAGCUCCAGGGUUACGCACUCCCAACUGUUUCUGCUCGGCCUCGUGCUGAGUACCCUCUUUGCGGCUCACCUGAAGACGCUGUUGACGAAGCGACCCCCAGACCAACAGAUCUCAAACUUCCAGCAGCUGCGGGAUGCCCCGGUGGACAUCUACUUUGACGAGGCCGAGCACUUCUAUCUGGACGGGUUCAGGGGCGCCCGAACCGUGGAGUUGAUACGCUCCAAGAUCAGAUAUGUGAGCACAGCGGACUUUCAGUACCUCAGAACUACGCUGAACAAGUCGCAAUCUUUCUCCGCCCUCACCGCCGAGUGGCUGAUCAUAGCCAAGAGGCAGCAGUAUUUCCAGCGACCUGCCUUCUGCUCUCUGCCCGGUCUGAUCUUUGCUUCGAAGAUUAUCUUGUCGCUGCCCAUGCAGGCUAAUUCGAUCUUUGAGCAUCCAAUCAACCGACUGAUACUCUAUGUCCACUCGUCAGGACUUUUGGAAUACUGGAAGCAGCAAACGCUGUACGAGAUGGUUGCUCUGGGACUGAUACCCCAGGAAGAUCCCUAUCCCUAUGCGGCUUUUCGGGAGUUCAAGGUGGCAGAUCUAUCUUGGGUCUGGGUACUGUUGGGAGCCUCCCAGAACUACGCUCAUGAGUAUGGGAACCCGCAUAGUCCCGCUUCGGGCUAA